UCUUUAAUUCUAUUUUUAGAUUAUUUAUAUGAUAUUACAUAAGAAGUGGUCAACUUUUCGUCCAAAGCUGACCAAAUUAUCAGUAAAUCAAGUCGCUCGUCAAUUAAAAGGCUGUUUUUUUCUUCUUGUAAAAUGGAUUAUUCCUUUCUUUGUAUACUUUCCUGCUUGGGCAUCGCAACUGGCAAUAUCCGGCAAGUUCUGAUUCCAGGAGGCGGUGGUCCUGUAUCCUCUUAUUAUGGUCAACAUUGUGACGUCAUUUGUGACGAAGAAACGCACGCUGCAACAUCAGCAUGUGCAACUAAUGGCAUAUUGUACAAAUCACAAUGUGAGUACAGAAAUGCCCAGUGUAAGGCAAUAAAAAGUGGCGAUCUUUUGAGUAUAGUUAGUUAUGGCGCAUGCGUUACAUUAGAGACACCAUGUGAUGUUGUGAUGCAAACGAAAUGUAUACCUCAUCAAAUCUCUGCCAUCACUGGGACUAGCGAUGGAUUUGAAGCAAUUUGUGGCUCAAAUAAUAGGACAUAUGAUAGUACAUGUGAAUUCCGUGCAGCUCAGUGUCAACACGAACAAAUGAAGUAUGACCCACUGACUGUAGCACACACUGGCGAAUGUCAAAUUGAUCCAUCAAACUUAGUCAUGGUCAUUUAUCUCUUUCUCUUUAUUUUUCAUUUUUUGAUUUGACAAAAAUAUUUCAUG